AUGAAGGACAGCACAGAAACGCCGUUUACAACGGAAGAGCCCCAAAUCGCUCAAAACGUUCUUUCCAUUCCUGGUCCCUCAACUGUCACCCUUUCCAAAUCCAGAUCUAGCUGGUACUGCAUCGACGACAACCGAUUGAGGAACAACCUCUUCGCCGCGGUCGGUUUUCUCGAGCUUGCAAACGCUGGUGAUUUUGCCGCCAACGUAUGGAAUGAUGUGCCCGUUCCCAUCUAUGCCAUUGUCUUUAUGGCCAUCGGAGGAUCUUCAGCAUUCGUCUUAUCGAUAUGUGCUUUCUUCGACUCGAGGAAGGCUUGGAGGAACAUCAAGUUUUUGAAACAACAGAAGCAACUGUUAAAAACCGAAGAGGCGUCUUUGAGUCGAGAUGUUUUCGUUGAAAUCACAACACGUGAAUUGAGAAUCGAGGUUAUUAACCGUUGGCUCAUGGAUCUGCUGAUGGGCGGAGGUGCUAUGCUCAUCAGUAUUGGUACAUUCAUGGCGAUUGGGGGAGCCAAUCCUAAUGUAUGGCUCGCCAGUAACAUCCUCUCCGGUUAUCUUGGAAAUGCGCCUAUCGCUCUCUUCGGUUUGUUGAGUUCUAUCUGGGCUGCCAUGGUGGUAUCCAAGAUGAAUUCUCAUCGCGGCGCCGCACGAAAAGAACUUCAAGGAUCACCGACGCUGCGCGUCCUCAAAGACAGAUGUUUCAACGUACAGGUUUUCUUCGUACUUAAUGGAGCCUCCAAUAUUCUUGGUGGCGUCGGCUCCAUGUUGACGGCUGAGAGAUGGUGGGGAUAUGUUAUCCUCAUCCCUGUUAUCAUAUCCUCCAUCUUCUGCAAUAUUUGGUGGCGACAUCGCGUUGGUUACGAUCGCCCAUACAUAUCGACACUUCCUGGCAUUAAUCUCGAAAUAAUUACUGAGACUAUCGAGGCAACUUCACAACUACGACAGAAUAUCCAAAACGAUGCAGGCAUCAACUUGGAGCAUAUUUUCGGAGAUUCUGUAACCCUUAAGGAAGUUUUGGAACUCUUUGUCAAGCACGAUUUAUUCGAACAAUUCUCUCUUCGUCUGGUUACGAACAAGCACAUCAGGCACCUCUUUGUCAAUAACGAAGUCACAAGCGUACAAGCCAGCGUUGACGGUAUCUUGGCUGUAGCAGUGGAACAUCAUGCUACUAUAAUACGUAUCGCAUUAACAUUCUUGAAGAAGCAUGGUCCGAAGCACCUGCUGCACCGCGAACGGUUUUUGUUAGAGGUCCUGGGGACUUAUUUGGUAGAACAGAAGAAGAGGGAGGAGAUCACAGUUGAGAAAUAA